AAAGACCUGCUCUCUGCUGCUCAGAUACGUAGUCUUGGUUGUCUGUUCAAGGAGGUACUGCCUGACAUUAAUUACUGUAGCACAACCCUCGAGACCCUGGUUCUCUCUCUGAGAUGCCAGAGGCCUCCGCGGUAGAAGCUGCCUUUCCCCAAAGAGCAACAAAGCCUUCCUUGGAGUAUCAUGCAGGAGAAUUAUGAGACGCUGAUCUCUCUGGCAGAAGAAAUGGCGAUCAGCCUGCCUCGGAUCACCACUCUGGCUGAAUCACACCGGAGAGGGCUGGCAUCAGCUGGAUUUCCGGUUUCCAAACCUGACUUGCUCUCCUGGAUGGACCGAGGGGAAGAUCCCUGGGUUCCAGACCUUCAGGAGUCUGAAGGAAGCCUGCUGCCAACUGACACAAGCUCCCCAGGGGAGGAGCUGAGGAGGAAGAAUGAGGAACUUCCUCAGGAAAAAACUCGGAGCAAGGCAGACCUGCAGGCAGAAGGCAUCUUAGGAGAGAAUUUCGUUGAGGGUGUGAGCCAGCCAGUGGGGGCAAAGCUGAGACACUUGAUAACGGAGGGGAAAGAACCCCAAGAUCAACUGCUCCCUCAGCCAACGGCUACCGCCAAAGCUCUGCCACAGCCUCUUGGCAAACCACUCGUGGGUGAGAGAGGCCACCGAUGUACAGACUGUGGUAAAAGCUUUAGCCAGAAGUCCAACCUUUUCAGGCACCAGCGGCUUCACCUGAACGAGAGGCCCCACAAGUGUGAUGGCUGUGAGAAGAGCUUCUCGGAGGCCGAAGCGCUGGCCAGGCACCGUAAGUGCCAUGCUGGUGACAAGCCGUACAAAUGUGAGGACUGUGGGAAAAGCUUCAGCUGGACCUCGCACCUGGAGCGGCACCGGCGGAUCCACACCGGGGAGAAACCCUAUGCGUGCAAGGAGUGUGGGAAAGCCUUCAGUGUCGGGUCGCACUUGGAGAGGCACCGGCGGAUCCACACGGGAGAGAAGCCGUAUCAGUGCAAAGAGUGUGGGAAAAGCUUCACCGUCAGCUCCACCCUGGUCCAGCACCAACGGACCCAUGCCAAUGACAAGCCCUACCAGUGCAAGGAUUGUGGGAAAGGCUUCACCCUCAGCGCUAAUCUGAUUGCGCACCAGAGGAAACAUAUGGGCCAGAAGCCUUACGAGUGCCCCGACUGUGGGAAGAGCUUUAGCUUCACUUCCCACCUGGAGAGGCACCAGAGAAUCCACACGGGGGAGCGACCUUACCAAUGCACGGACUGUGGGAAAAGCUUCAGCCGCAGCUCUCACCUUUAUCGGCACCAGAGAAUCCACACGGGGGAGAAGCCUGGGGAGCGACCUUACCAAUGCACGGACUGCGGGAAAAGCUUCAGCCGCAGCUCUCACCUCUAUCGGCAUCAGAGAAUCCACACGGGGGAGAAGCCGCGGCAGUGUGCCGAGUGUGGGAAAAACUUCUACCUCAGUGCGUCUGCCCUCUAUCACCUCCAGAUCUCCCCGAGUAGCGGCAGGGAUCCCACCAAAUGUGCCGAAUGUAGCCGCAAACAGACUAUGGCUCCUGAGCCUCCACCUCCACCCUUGCCACUCGUUUGUCGUGAGAAACCAUUUAAGUGCCUGGACUGUGGAAAAAGUUUCGGCCAGAAUUCCUCGCUGGUGAAACACCAGAGAAUCCACACAGGGGAAAAGCCUUAUGAGUGCCCGGAGUGUGGGAAAAAGUUCAGCUGGUGCUCAGCUCUGAUCAAACACAAGAGGAUCCACACGGGAGAGAAACCCUAUCGGUGUGAAGAGUGUGGGAAGGCCUUCAGCGUCAGCUCCCACCUGGAGAGACACCAGCGGGUGCACUCGCCUGACAGGCCCCACAAAUGCACCGAAUGUGGGAAAACCUAUGGGGAACUGGCCUCUUUGGUCAAGCACCAGAAAUCCCACCUGGCUGAGAGCAAACGCUACCAGUGCUCUGACUGUGGGAAAAGCUUCAGUUGGAGCUCCCACUUGGAAAGACACCAGAGGAUCCACACGGGGGAGAAACCCUUCAAGUGCGGAGACUGUGGGAAAAGCUUCAGCGUCAGCUCUCACCUGGAUCGACACCGGAGAAUCCACACGGGGGAAAAGCCCUACCACUGCGCCGAAUGUGGGAAGAGCUUCAGUGUUAGUUCCACCCUCCUGCAGCACCAAAGGACCCACUCAAGUGGGAAGCCCCACAAGUGCAAGGAGUGUGGGAAGCGCUUUGUGGCCAGCGCUCAGCUCCUCACCCACCAGCGGACCCACCGGGGGGAAAAGCCCUACGAGUGCACCAUCUGUGGCAAAAGCUUUGGCUUUGUCUCCCACCUGGAGAGGCAUCGGCGAGUCCACACCGGCGAGAAACCUUAUCAGUGCCCUGAGUGCGGGAAAUGCUUCAGCCGCAGCUCUCACCGCAACCGCCACCAGCGCACCCAUGCCGUGGAUCGGCCCCCCAAGGGAGGCACACGAGGAAGAGCGGACAGUUGCCAAAGCAACUCCUCUUCCUCCAAUGCCAGGCAACAGAAGGAGCUAGUCCCUGUUGUUCCGGAACCUCCGCUUUCUCUCAUGCCACCCUGGUGGAGUGAGGGGGAGAGAAAUUGCAACCCACCAACUGCUCCCACAUGGACUGAGGUUCCCAGUCCUUUCCAAGGACCCAUUCCCAACGCUGCCCCAGCAGGGGGGCCACGGGGGUGGGGCAUGAAGAGUUUCUUACCUCCAGAUAUGUGGAGGUUAGGGGAGAGCAGCUCUGGCUGGGCAUCCACCCUCACCCAAGAGGGCUGGCCACAAUCUCCCCCGACAUCCUGAUUUGUGGGAGGGGCCAUAUCUCAAUUUCCAGCAGCGGUAUAAGGACCAGGGAGUUAGAGAGAGAAUAUUUCCUCCAUUGCUGACUGGUUCAAAAACCUGAGUCAGCCCUUCUGAAGAACCACACAGUACAAUCCUGCUGAGAUGAUACCGCUUCAGAAGUGGAGGAAGAGAGGAGCGCCCCUAAAGGCUUUUUCAUCUGAAAAAGAAUCCUGCAUGUAGAAAGCUAACCUAAAAGGGAAAAGUAG